UAUUUCGUUGUUUACUAUUAUUUCAUCAUAGCUAUUCUCCCUGAGGAUGUCGCGGGAGUGCGAGUUCCUGGUGGUCGGUGGGGGUAUCGCUGGCGUCAGCUGCGCCGAAUCCCUGGCCAUCUGCCGACCCAAUGCCUCCAUUCUACUGCUCACGGAGUCCAGCAUCGUGAAGAGUGUGACCAAUUUGGUGCCGGUGGCUCGCUAUCUGCACAAGUUCGACGUCCGGGAGCAGUAUGUCACUGAAAUGGGAGCUAGUUUCGAGACCCUAGUGGAUCGACUGGAUCACAUCAACAGCAGCGAGCACUGCACCCGCACUAAAGCGGGUGUGGAGAUCAAGUAUCGCUAUCUGUGCCUUUGUACCGGUGGAACACCCAAAUUGUUCUCCGGCAAAUGUGUAGAUCCCCUUGUCAUUGGCAUUCGGGACACGGACUCUGUGCAGCUGCUGCAACGAAAGUUGGCGACAGCCAAGGAUGUCCUGAUCUUGGGCAAUGGCGGCAUUGCCAGUGAGUUGGCCUACGAGCUGAAGGAUGUAAAUGUCCACUGGGUGGUUAAAGAUUCCCACAUCUCGGCCACAUUUGUGGAUCCCGGAGCAGCCGAGUUUUUUCACAUAGCCAUGAAUGAAUGUAAUGCGGAGGAUUCCUCUCCGGUUGCAGCUAUCAAGCGAAUGCGGUACAGUGAAGUGCUGCCCAAGGAGCAGACUAACAACCAUGGAGCUGCAUUGGGUCCGGACUGGCAACGCACCGUCGACUUGAGUGGAGCACGUGAAGGGGGAGAGAAACGACUACCGAAGAUCUAUUACAAAUCUCGCAUAAACAGCGUCCAGGAUCUCGCCGAUGACGCAGGUGCUUUAGUCAAGUUGGAGCAUGAGGAUGGGAGCUUUGAGCAGUUGACCUGUGACUUUAUUGUUUCCGCAACGGGAGUCUGGCCUAAUACCGACUACACCUGUGAUUCGCCACUUCAAUUUUCCGACGAUGGUGGCAUAUCGGUGGAUGAAAUGAUGCGUACGAAUCUGGUGGAUGUCUUUGCGGCCGGUGAUGUGUGCACGGCCAACUGGCCAGCCGCAAUGCACUGGUUCCAGAUGCGCCUGUGGACUCAGGCUCGCCAAAUGGGCUCCAUGGCGGGCAGGAGUAUGGCGGCAGCCAGUGAAGGUGAAAGCGUAUACCAGGAUUUCUGCUUCGAGCUCUUUGGCCACGUAACCAAACUUUUCGGAUAUCCUGUUGUCCUGUUGGGACGCUUUAAUGGUCAGGAUUUGGGCAGGGACUACGAAAUUCUGGUGCGCUGCACGAGAAAUAAGGAAUACAUCAAGCUUGUGCUGCAGAAUGGCAGACUACGGGGGGCAAUGCUAAUCGGCAACACUGAUCUCGCAGAGACCUGCGAGAACCUCAUCCUGAACGGCAUUGAUUUGGAGCCCUAUGGCGAUGAUAUUCUUAAUCCCGACAUUGACAUUGAAGACUAUUUUGAUUAGUUUAUUAUGCGCUAGCUUAGACUAUUAAAGACAUUAAAAAUAA